ACGACGCGAAUAUUAGCCCGCCGGGAUGGUACGCAAGCAGAAAACGGACGAAGUGAUCCCGCAGGUGAUCGUUACUGAGCAGGAGCAGCCGGGCGAUGAACGGUCGAUGUCACGCGAGGGCACCUACUCGCGGGAACCGUCCCGGGAGCGUAGAUCCCGAUCGGUGUCCAUCUCGCGCCUGCGGGUGGACGAUCCGCUGCGCAAGGAGAUGAUGUUUGUGAGGGAAAAGUCACCGUUCGAGAUAGGGGAGAAUCGAAAUGUGCAGGUCGCCUCCUGUAAGGCCAUCAUCGAUAAGGCGCUGGUGAUGGACGUGUCGGGCGGUGUGACGAACGUGGACGAGUACAUCUCGCUCUUCUUCUCGUCGGGCUGCGUCAUCGACGAGGCCUCCUGCAAGGACAUCUCGACCGCGGUGGAGGUAACAAUCAUUGAGGAGGAAGAGGAACGUCCCGAGCUGGUGGUGAUGCCGCUCCAAAAAAAAACUUCGACGGAAGAUCUUGAAGAUAGCCGCGAAAUCGAACCCUCGAUGGGAGGGACCGAUACCGAACAGCUUGAGGGUGGUGAGGAUGGUCAUGACGUAGAAGCAACCGAGCCGGACGCAACCGAAGCGUUUGAAGGUGCAACGGAUGAACAGGGGGAAGUGGAGGGCGCGGUAGACAUCGGCGAACGGGGUGAACCCGAGCCACUGCCCGAGGAGCUGGCCGAACCGAAGGAUGAUGAAUCUGAUUUAAAAGCCGACGGCGACGAGUCCGGAGAGUCUUAUAGCGAAACGGAGGAAUCAUCAUCAGAACUAUCCUACUCCUACAGCGACAUGUCCGUGGACGAAGUGGAUCCCUCCGAGUGGCGCGUGUUCCACGAGGAUGAGGACGAAAUCGCGAUGCUCAAGUUCGAGCAGCGGGAGAAAACGCCCGAGCUGACGGAGAAGGAAAAGGAUGCUGAGUUCCAGCGGCUCCGGAAGGCGUCGCGACCGCCGCUAUAUCUCACCAAGCUCACUGACCGGAGUGCCCCGACCGGUUCGACCAUUAAGCUGCAGUGUACGAUCGAGGGUCAGGAGGUGACGGUACAGUGGCUGAAGAAUGAUCAACCGAUCGAGCGGACCGCCUACCUGCAGACGUCGGCCGCCGACGGUCUGUACACGCUCACGAUCAAGGGACUGCGGCACUCGGAUGCGGGCGAGUAUAAGAUAAUUGCAAAGAAUAGGGGCGGUGUGGUUCCGUCCGUUGCCCAGGUGAAGGUGUACGACGCGAUCAAGCCCAAGUGUCAGCUGCCAUUCUUUGUCAAAGUUAGAGAUUACUUUCACCAUGCGCUAAACGAUCUGGUGAUCGAGUGUCAGAUCAUGUUCCAGCAGGAAUGGUCUAUCCCGACCAUAACCUGGCUCAAGGACGGUGAUCCGAUCGUGUUGGACCAGCGGAUAGGUGCCACCUACGAGGGGGAAGAGAUAUUCCAGCUAAAUAUCUACGACCCAACGCCAGAGGACAGCGGUCGGUACACGUGCAUCGCCGAGAAUGAGGCCGGCCGUAGCCAGAUCUCGCAUACGGUCGAUUUUGUCGACAAGGUGCCCUAUAUGCGUCUGCCAGGCAUUACGAACGCCGAUCGCAAGUUGCUAACGGAGGAAGAGAUCGAGGAGCGCAAGCGCGAAGAGCAGCGCAUCAAGAAGGAAGCGCAGGAACGGUUGGCCGGUGGUGGACGUGGCCGCGGCGGUGAGGACGCACACGAACCGUACGAAUCGGAAUCGUUCGUCAUACGCGACUCGAAGAACAAGCUAACCUGGGCCGGCCAGCUGCACAACAUCACCACGACGAAGGGUGCCGUGGUGAAGAUGACCUGUUCGGCUAAUGGACCGUUGCCGAUGUUCAAAUGGCAGCGUAAUGGGCGUGCGAUCGAUUUCGGUGACCAUGUCAAACUGAUGAACAGUGGUGCGAUCGGACAGAUCGUCAUCAAUGGUGUGACGCGCAAAGAUGCGGGUGAAUACACCUGCACAGCAAAGAACAGCCACAACGAGAUCAAGACGACGUGCGUACUGAAGGUGAUAACGCUACCGUCGGCCGAGACGACGCCCGCCACGUUUACGAGAGCCGUGAAGGAGUUCUACGACAUCCGAGCCGACGAUCUGGUGCUAGAGGUAAACGUACACGGUGUCCCGAAGCCGACGAUCAAAUGGCUGAAGGAUGGCGAAGAUGUGGUGCUCGGCGAGAAGCUACUGAUAAACCGUGAACCGAACGGUGUGUAUCAGCUGUGCAUCCACAAGCCGGUCCCGGCCGACUGUGGCGUGUACGAGUGCCAGGCGGUCAACUCGGCCGGCACAGCCAAGGUGUCGCACGAGGUAAGCUUCACGUCGAAGGAUAAGCUGAUUCACGUGCAGCACAUCGAGCAUGCGGACUACUUUAAAAGACGGCUCGAGGAGAAGGAAGCGGCCAGUUUACUGUUGACGGCAGAACCGACCCCACCACCAGAACAGGCGCAACAGGCCACCCCAGCCCAGCCACAGGCCCAGGAGCAAUCAGAACCGGUUAGCACGAGCGAGUCCGCACCACCGGCGGAUACCGGUGCAGGAGUUACCGAGCCCGAAACUACUGCCGGUGAAGCAACCGUACCGGCAGCUCCAGAAGCUCCACAAGAACAAGCUGCACCAAAGCCGAAACCUGCGUUCAAGGCAAUGCCCCGGAAACGCUUUGAGGAUGGACCGGUGGAACCGUUCGUCAUUCGCGACUCCAAGAACCGGUUGAUGUGGGAAACGAAGCUGAAGAACCAAACGGCACCGGCCGGUAAGACGAUGAAGCUGACGUGCAGUGUGACUGGGCCACAGCCAACGUGGCGCUGGUUGAAGAACGGUAAGCCGCUCGUCUGGAGCAAGAACGUUAUCAACGCGACCAAGGGCGAGUUUGGCUGUGUGCGCAUCACCCCCACGACUGUGGCCGAUUCGGGCGAGUAUCAGGCGUUCGCGAAAAACAGUUUCGGAGAGAUCGAGUGCUCCUGCACGGUGAACAUCUUUGCGACGGAGAAGGACAUCGAGACGGUGCCAACGUUUACGCGGGUCAUUGACUACUACGAUUCCUUAGUGGAUGAUCUGAUCCUAGAGGUGCACGUACGCGGUGUUCCGGAUCCGAAGCUGAGCUGGGAGCGUGAUGGUGUGGAGUUUACCAACGAAACGGAUCGUGUGAUUAUUUCACGCCAAGGUGACGGUGUUUAUCGGUUGAGCAUCCACAACCCAGAGAAGCUUGACGGUGGCAAAUGGGUGGUGACGGCUAAGAAUAAUGCCGGUGAGGAGAAACUUAAGCACUCGGUCACUUUCAAGGGACGCGAGUUCUACCAGAGCCAGCUAACGCACGGUAUCUACCAUGCGGAUAAGCCAGUCACACGCUCAGAAGAGGACGGAAUUGUGUACGGUACACGUUCCCGUUCGGUGUCUCGGGCACCAUCCGUAGCUCAUCAGGUUGGACCGGAACCGGACAUCUCCGCUGUCGUUGAGGCGCUCCAGGCUGUUGAAGCAACAACUGAGGAAGCGCCUGCAUCAGCUGACGGAGCGGAUGCACCCGCGGCUACCGAAGCACCCGAGGAACCAGCCGUGAAGAAGAAGAAGGAACCGAAACAAUGGCGCAAAAACUUGCAGGGUUUGCUGAAGGGACGCAUUCCUGGACCGAUUGCGGAAGAGCCCACCAAACACAAGGUGCUGGAAGUGAAGCAAAAGCUGUACUUCGAGGCGAACCUCAAAAAUCAAACCGUGGCGGAGGGUUCGCAUAUUAAGCUGGUGUGUUCGUGUGUUGGUCCGCAGCCGACAAUCAAGUGGUUCAAGAACAACAUUCCACUCGUCUGGAGCAAGAAUGUGAAGAACGAUACGAAGCUGGGCGUUGGUGCGGUUCACAUCAUCUCGGCCGAGUUGAACGACUCCGGCACGUACAAGUGUACUGCCAGCAAUACGGCCGGUGAGGUAGAAACUAGCUGCAAGGUGAUCGUGUUCCCGGUGCCCGAGAAGCAGCACGUUGCCCCGAGCUUUGUGCGCAAUGUUAAAGAGCACUACGACAUCCAGACGAAUGAUUUGAUUCUGGAGGUGAACGUGCGUGGCAAUCCGAUGCCCUCGAUCAAGUGGUUGCGUGACGGUAUCGAUCUGCAAGAUCCAACGGGAGAGAAGUUCUUCCCGAUGCGCGAACCCGGUGGUGUCUUCAAGCUCACCAUCCACGAUCCGCAAGCCAAGGAUGAAGGACAGUAUGCGUGUGAAGCGACAAACGUCGUCGGCAAGGAUGUCAUCCGGCACGCGGUGCGCAAGAUUAUGGAACGCAAGAUCGCCGAAAGCCACGUGUUCGGUAUCGCCUACCACGAUCCGAAUGUGAUGAAGCACGGUGUGUACGAGGAACCACCGAAGGAGGAACCUGCUCCACGUCCUCACCGGGAGUUUGUCUUCCUAGAGGACGGUUCGUACUACAUACGCGGACAAACGCCCGAACAUCUAUGGGAGUGGGAAACGGACACCAGUGCGGAGAGUGAGUACGAAGAGUACGUAUCGCCGGAACCGGAACCAGAACCGGAGGUACUGCCGGAACCCGAGCCCGAACCAGCACCGGUAGAGAAGGUACCGUCGCGCUCACCGACACCCGACUUCCUGAAAAAGACUCCACCACCGCAACCGCCGAAAAAACCGGAACCGGUCGAAGCGGACGAUGAGGACGAAGAUGAGGAUGAAGAGGAGGAGGAGGAGGAAGAGGCCCCACCACCACCACCGAAGCGUGGACCAAAGAUUAAGAAGCUGCGCAAGAAGCGUGUCAAGCAACCAGUUCAGGAGGAAGAAUCGGCGGCCCCGGCGGAGCCAGUUCCAAAAGCGGAGGAAGUUUCCCCUGUUGAAGGCGAAACGGUCGAGGAUAAGGAGAAGCUUCGCAAGGAACGCUAUCUCCGUCUGUUCCCGGAACUAAAUCCGGACGAGGCAAAGCGUGUUGAUGCUCGGGCUGUGUUGCGAUUCGGAAGUACCCUGCAUGACAUCAACAUCGUCGAGGGUAAGCCGGUGCGUCUGUUCUGUACCGUGCUGGGUUCGAAGGCCGACUUCAAGUGGUACAAGAAUGGUGAACCCAUGGAGUUUACCAAGCAGAUCAAGAAUCUGUCCGAUGCAAAGGAAGGCACAGGUGUGGUGGCAUUCAACAAGGCGGCCCGCGAAGAUUCGGGUGAGUACGAGGUGGUAGUGAAGGAUAAGUCCGGCGCCGUCAUCAGAGGUACCUGCAAGUUGAACGUGCUGCCGGCACCGGUUCGUAUCCCGGUCGCUGAGGGUGAAGCUCCACGGUACGUACGCUGCAUGACCCAGCACUACGAUCUACGCGUGGAUGAUCUUGUGCUGGAAACGCAGAUCAAGGGUACGGGUCCGAUCAAGGUGGAAUGGUUCCUGGACGGUAUUAUCAUCCCGAACAAUGAGAAGUACAUCCAGAUCCGCGAACCCCACGGUAUCCACAAACUUUGCAUCCACAAUCCACAGAUUCGUGACAAUGGCCGGUACAUGGUGAAGGCCACGAACGACUUCGGCACGGAAGAGCUGAAGUAUACGCUGCGGUUUGAGGGUAAGGCGGCCGCAAUGCCAAUGUACCAUAUGCACCACGCUGACAAGCGUCGACCAGCAUACGAGGAGGAGAAGGUACAGGAACCGCGUCAACACCGUGAAGUCGUGUUCCUGGAGGACGGUUCGUACUACCUCAAGGGACAAACACCCGAACGGUUCUGGGAGUGGGAAACGGACACGGAUGCUGAGAGCGAGUACGAAGAGUACGUGCCCGGUGACACCGAGAGCGAGGAAGAACCGGAACCGGAAGAGGAAGAGGAAAAGGAAGAGGCGGCCGAGAAACCUGCCUCGCCGGAAAAACCACCAACCGAACCAGCUGCCGAUGGCGCGGAGAAGGAAGAAGCGGAAGAAGAAGAGGAAGAGGAAGUGGUGGAACCACCGCCGAAGCCUCCGAAGCGUGGACCAAAGAUAAAGAAGCUGCGCCGCAAGCUACCGAAGCAACCGACCCCGGAGCCGGAAAAGCCAAAGGAAGUGCCGAGAGAGCGUGAACCACAACCACAGCGUGGACCAACCGGAGAACCGAAGGUAAAGCUCAGCCAGCUGAUCUCGAGCGGCAAGAGCUUGGCACCGCCGGAGGUGCCGCGUGUUAAGCGCUGGAAGAAGCCGAUUGAGGUGGAGUUCAUUUCGCAUCUGCGCAGUGGCACGAUCAAGAAGGGCAAGAACUUGACGCUCAACUGUUGCUGCUCGGACGCGCAGAAGAUUGAAGUGACCUGGCUGAAGGAUGACGAACCGUUGGUAAUGGGCCCAAGGUGCCGUAGUGAUGUGACGCGCCAGGGUUACUGUACGCUCGAUUUGGUCGACCUGCGGCUGGAGGAUUCGGGUGUGUACAAGUGCGUGGCCAAGACAGCCAACGGUACGGCGACCGAUUCGUGCCGCAUUACUGUGUUUGAGUUGGAAAAGAAGGAUGAGGUCGAGCUGGUACCCCCGACGUUCAUCACACCACUGAGAGAACUGUACCAUCCGACGACGAAUGAUCUACAUCUGGAGAUUCGCGUGCGCGGCAAUCCGGUACCAACGUUCCGCUGGAUGUACGACGGCAUACCGAUUCUGCAGAGCAACGAAAAGUACGAGAUCUUCAACCAGCACUACUACGAACAGGGCACCAAGAUCACCACCGUACAGCUGAUCAUCAACGAUCCGCAGCUGCGUGACAGUGGCAAGUACACGCUGAUCGCCAAGAACGAUGUCAAGACGGUCGAAAUGUCCCGGCAGAUAUCGAUCCCGCUGCGCUUCGAUGCACGGGUGCAGGCACCCAAGAAGCGCAUGGACGAUGUGGUGGUAGAGAAUGAGGCGCCACGCGUCCUACCGAAACCGCCCACGCCCGAACCGGAACCGGUCCCCGAGGAACCACCGACUGAACCGGCCGAAGGCGAUGAACAGCCCGAGGAAGAGGUGGAAGAAGAAAAGGAAGACGAAGAGGAGGAAGAUGAGUAA